AUGAUGUUUUGGGAAUUCAAACCUGAUACCUCUGGUUUGCAAGUCAAGGCCAUUUUCCAUCGUAAACUCAAUCUUGAGCUGGAAUUGAAGGAGUUGGCAGUGUCUUCAGCUGGAAUUGAUGGAGUUGGCAGUGAGCAGGGACAGACCCACAGUGGGGUCACUGGGGUCAAACGACCCUAUGGAAGCCAUGGAAAUAGGCUUGGAGGUCCACUUGAGCUGGCUGUGUGA